AUGCCGCAGAGUGUCGCUGAGGAUUACUGGACAUCACCGAUUGCUGCCGAGAUUGGGAUGCCGCAGAGGGUCGCUGAGGAUUGUUGGACACCAUCGAUUGCUGCCGAGAUUGGGAUGCCGCAAAGUGUCGCUGAGGAUUAUUUUGCAUCGAUUGCUGCUGAGAUUGAGGGUGUGGGUAAGAAGACCCAGUUUGGAGAGCCAUCAAUGGUUGCUGCUGAGCUUGAGAUUCCGCGCAGGGCUGCCCAGAAUCAGAGCAGAUCAAUAAUGACCGCUGAUAUUGUCGUGCCGUGGAAGGGUGACCAGAUUGGUGUAAAGCCGGUAGGCCAGGCUGUUGGGAGGGAUGUUGGCCAGGCUGUUGAUUGGGCUGUUGGUUGA